AUGGUGCAUGUGGAAGCUGUUACACCGCUACGACGGCUGCUCAGCGAUGCGCGCCCAAGUUGGAGCGAGAAAGAUCUGGCAGCAGUGGAAGAGAAGCUGUCGCGUGUGGGUGCUACCACGGUGGGCGAGCUAGCCAAGCUUUUGGCCCAUGGUCUCAACAAGCGGCUGCAUGCUGCUGGCUUGAAGGCCUUCAAUAGCGAGACCCUUGCAGCUUUACGAAAUCGAUUAGAGACGGAAUCAAGAUCUGGCCUAGACAGUUCCAAUGACAAGAGGGCGGGGGACGCGAAAGACGAGAACUCGUCACAAACGAAUACAAGCAAGCAAGAGAUGAAAGCGCAGCAGAAGCAAGAGAACACCGAGUCCGAUUUCGCCAAGGCUGGAAAGGUUGACAGUGAGCGCAAUGAGCAUAGUGAGCGCCCAAAGGUGGUGCCAACUGCCAAGGAGCCUCCGCCGCCGCCGCCUCCACCCACAUCCCCUUUCAGCUAUUCUCCCUCAUCCACGUUUGGCCGAGCAGAAGCUCUAGGUGAGACACAGCUCAUCAAGGCAGUUCGGCAAAGCGACAUCCGUACUGUCCAGUAUCUUCUGACUCAUCGAGCUGACCCAAACGAGAAGGACAACUUUGGUGAAACAGCCUUGAUGGAGGCGGCUGGUCAAGGACAAGCCCAGAUCUGUAGAAUAUUGCUGGAGAAUGCAGCCAAUCCCACAUGCCGAUCACCUUCUGGAUUAAGUGCAACGCAGCUGGCAUCAGAACACCAAUCCAUCGCGCACUUAUUCGCCUUGCCACCGGACUACUGGUUUGACAGGGGUCUCCGACUUGCGGCUCGUCAACAUGACGUACAGAAGGCUGAGCUAUUGCUACAGCGAGCAAAGGCAGAGGAGGUCAGCUUGAAUUUUCAACGGAAAGAUGCCAAUGGUUUUGCUGUGCUUCAUGUGUGUACUGCCCGAGCUCCUGAUUCUGAUGACGGCCGUCGGCUUGUCAGGCUCCUGAUUUCAGCGACUGCGGCAGUAAACGCAACCAAUCUGCUCGGCGAGACUCCGCUCAUCCUUGCUACCAGGGCUUCUGCAGACGCCAAGAGAGCUUUGAGGAUGAGCAUUGUGCAGCUGUUGCUCGACUCUGGCGCUUCCGUCAACACGUCUGACGCAGUCCUGCACGAGACGCCCCUAAUGGAAGCUGCGGGAAUAGGAGAUCCGGACGUGGUCUUCACGUUGCUGCAAGCCCGGGCAGAAGCAGCAAGAAGCAGUGCAAGUGGUCAGACAGCUCUGGAUUUCGCUUCUUCGGAAGAGGUAACGUGGAUGCUCAAGAACCCUUUGGAGGCUCAGCGAGCUCGGGCACAUGCUAGUGCACAGCCCAAGCCUGCUGCACCACCUCGGCCAAACCAUGCUGUGCCACCACCACAGCCAAAGUCUGCCGUGCCUCCAAAGGCGGCUCGACCCUCUCCCAAACCCAGUGCUCCAAAGCGCCCGCUAACAUAUGCAGAGCGCCUCCAGAGCCUUCUCACCAAGUACCCAGGAUUCCAAGGUUCUGGGGUGGAUCUUCCGAGUCAUGCCUGGCAAUGGACGCCUGAAGAGCUGGAGCUCUUCAUCGGCAGCAUGGGUCAGUUCUGGCCUCCGGGACGAGCCAAGCCGAGUGCAGGCUCGAAUCGAGGUCCUGGAAAUCGCAGCAAAGGGCCUCCUCCAGAUCCAUGGGAGCGUCCUUCAAUGGCUUCCAUGCAACCGCUGAAGGCCUACUACCAGGCUCUUGGUGUACCGGAGGGCACGCGCGACAGGAACGUCCUCAAGAAGGCUUACAGGCAGGCUGCGCUGAAGUGGCAUCCAGACAAGAACCCGGACAAUCCUCUUGCUUCUGCCAACUUCCAGAAGGCGUGCGAUGCAUUCGAGCAACUUGGUCAAACAAGUUCUGGAAAUCGAAGAUUUUAUCGACAUGCUGCGCAUGUAUAG